AUGGUCUGCGCCAAGUGCCAGCGCCUCCACAAGACUGUCCUCGCCACUCCGGAGGUCAAGAAGAAGACUGAGAUGUACUAUGGUUCGCCAGCUUCGAGCUCAUCCUCGACUGAUAAACAAAAGGCAACGCUUGGUCAAGCAGGCAUCUCCAAGAGCAAGCUCCUCUCCAAAGCAGCAAAGAACCCAUUUGCCCAGUACUCCAGCUCAUGCCUGAGGUGCAAGAUGGUAUGA